AUGUCGACGGUUCAUGUCGAUCAAGAUGUCAACAAAUACCUUGUGAGUGCAAUCAACAGACUGAAGGCACUACCGCAUGUCAAUGUCACCAAGGAAUUGACCUCUCAUUACAACUACGGAACAGAGGAACCUUAUGUACGCGAUCGCUUCAGGAUUGAAAUGGGCCGUAAGACAAAAGACAUACGCUGCCUAGUAGUGUUUGAUUCAUCCAAUUACUAUUCGCCUCCUGAUAUCAUAUUUGAUAAACCUGUCAUCAUCAAUGAAGUGUUUGAUGUUGAGGAGCAGAGUGUUUUACUGCCAGCAGAGGAUUGGGAUCUAAAGAAUGAAAACUGUUUGCACAAUUGGGUUGAAAAGCUAGUGAGCAGACUAAAGAGGCCGCCUAAAACACCUCCACCUUCACCUCCUCCAGUACCACCGUCAAGGACAAAGCAAAAGAACUGGGAUAUCUUCAAACUUGAAGACGGCUCGGAUGACGAUUUCAUGAUAUCAAAAGAGAAAGCAGAUAAUGAUGACGAUUUUAUUCACAUGGAAAGUAAUAGCAACAGCAGGGGCAACAAAAGUAGCAAUAGUAUAAAUAAAAGGCCUGCCAACGAUCAGAACGAUGAAGCAAAAAAUACCAAGCGACUGAAAAAAUUCAAACAACUCGGUGAAUGUACGACAUAUAAUGUCAUUGAUCUAGACGAGGAAAUAACAGAGAGCAGCGUGGAUUCUAGACAUAAAAUCAAGAAAUCAUGCCUUGACACAGACAUUGGAUUGAAGGAGGAGCAAAAGACAAAACCUCAGCGUAGGAAUCCCUACAUCGAUGAAGCGAAUGCGAUCGAUUUCAAGUUUGAUGACAAGCCCAAAGAUACUAGUUUGAGGGACGAGGAAAACAAGGCAAAGAGAAGCAUGGCAACUGAAAAGACGAAGCCGAAGAGAAGAAACCCUUACAUUGAUGAAACGAGUACAAUCAAUUUCGAGUUCGAUGAUAAACCAAAAGACACCGAACGUCUCAAGAAGAACCCGUACGUCGAUGAUUUCGAGCAGAUGGAAAUUAACAAGCCAGAAAUGACAAGAUUAAAGUCGAUCGAUCUCAUGCAAAAGAAGAGAAGGCUGACUGAAGGUCCAUCCAAGGUAGCUGCGAUGCGUAUGCAGAAAGAGGCCAAGUGGGGAAAAGAUUUUAUGGCUCUGUGGGGAAAAAAGUUUGAGCAGAAUAUCAUGAGGAUGGACGAAAAGGACACGGGUUCAUUGACGCUUUACAUGACAUUCAGAAUCGUCAAAACUCCAGGUGAAUGGACAAGGUACAGUGAAGAUAAACAGAAACGGCUGAAGGAGUUCAAGGAAGCUCAAGGCAUGAUGCCAGCAGAAAAGAUUGCUCAACCAAAACCUCAAGCGCCGAUGCUAGUUCACUUGGAACUUGUGUCAUCCACUCAGCUCAAAGUAACACUCAUAUCUGCCAUCAAUACAAGCGAGCAAGCGUCAGACGGCAUUGACUCUAUUGAUUUGACAUAUGAUCUCAAUCAAGAGCAUCCUGUGGGAUUCGAGCUCACCAGAAUCAAGAAUGACAUCAAAAAGCAGGCAAUUCAUUUUCAUUUGUUUCAAACAAAGCUGGCAGAUUAA